CCAGUGCAGCCGCGAUGCUGCCGCGAGCUACCCCAAUGGCCUGGGCCUCAUAGACGUUUCUCCGCCUCGUUCUCCUCCUUGCUUAGGUUAUCCUGAGUCCGUAGACCAGGUGGAGCCAGCAUGAAGGGCUUGCCGGGGGCCCGAUGCGCGCCCGGCCGCCUGCAAAGAAGCGCGCCGAGCCCGGCUCCCACGGACUCCGAGGCUCGGCGGGGCUGCGGCAGCCUGGCAGGCGGGCUCUGGAGCCUUUCUGAGCGGCAUUAGCUGGCGGUUCGGCCUGGACGCGUCUAAAGGCUCCUUCCGCGAAGCCAAGACCACUGGGGAGUGGUUACGGCCAGUAGCUUGAGGGCCACGAAACUGUUACCCCCGUUUGCCUUUGGCUAUCAUCUUUAACCCCUGGGAGCCCGUCAGCAUCCAGCCACCGCGGCGCUCUCUUUGCAGUGGAGGACUCAAGAUUACCCCUUCCGCGCGACGGAUGGAGACCGAGCCCCCCAGAGGACUUGCCCCUGCAGUUCUGGCUUACGCAGCUCAAGUCACCACCGUGAACAAGGGACCCUAAAGAAUGGCCGAGCCUUGGGGGAACGAGUUGGCGUCCGCAGCUGCCAGGGGGGACCUAGAGCAACUUACUAGUUUGUUGCAAAAUAAUGUAAACGUCAAUGCACAAAAUGGAUUUGGAAGGACUGCACUGCAGGUUAUGAAACUUGGAAAUCCCGAAAUUGCUAGGAGACUACUACUUAGAGGUGCUAAUCCCAAUUUGAAAGACGGAACUGGUUUCGCUGUCAUUCACGAUGCGGCCAGAGCAGGUUUCCUGGACACAUUACAGACUUUGCUGGAGUUUCAAGCUGAUGUUAACAUCCAGGAUAAUGAAGGGAACCUGGCCUUACAUUUGGCUGCCAAAGAAGGCCACCUCCCGGUGGUGGAAUUCCUUGUGAAGCACACGGCCAUCAACGUGGGGCAUCGGAACCAUAAGGGGGACACCGCCUGUGAUUUGGCCAGGCUCUACCGGAGGAACGAGGUCGUUAGUCUAAUGGAGGGAAAUGGAGCAGGGGGAGCUGUGAAUCUGCAGUGAAUGUGGGGAGGGCUCUCCCUUGAUUCCUCUACUUUUUCAGUUAAUUGGUUGGCUGUCCUGAGUAUUUUAACAUUUGUUAAAAUUCAGCUUUGUCAUAUUUUAAGCAACUAGUUAAAUGCUGAAACUAAAUAAGCUUCAAUCUUACUACAGGUUUAUGAAUAUAUUUAAGCAACCUCUUUUUCACCUGCAGCAUCCUGACUUCUAACAUGUAAUUGAAAAUAGCUGUGGCUUUCUUACUGAAUAUUUUAUCUUUCCUUGACUUUUUCCUGGAUUCUCCCUUUGACACACUUUAUACUCAACUUGGAGACUUUGUUUUUCAAAUGGUUUAUCCUAUGCUUCUUUUGCCUAAUUAAAACACUUUUCAAAACA